UUUAUUCGGUAGAUCGCUUAAUAUACUGAACCAUAUUCAUAUACUGCGGUUUCUUAAAAAUAACAUUCAUUCGGUUUAUUCAGUACUACCAAAUCCAGAACAUUUUUUCUAUUUCGAUUUCGUUCGGUUUUAAAUGGUUCGGUUUUACCGGAUUAAACACUCCUAAACUAUCGUUAUUUUGUUAAUGUUUUAUAUUUGUGAUUUUUUAUAAUCUUUUCAGUACCACGUGAUUUCUUUUCAGUCCAAAUACAAUAUGUGUUAAUUUCAAAUACAAAUUUUCUAAUUUAGUUAUUAUUACAUAAAAGAUUUUGAUCCAAAAUCUACAUCACAUAAAUAAAACUAUGAAAUAAAAGAAUUUAAUUUAAUACAUUGAUUACCAAUAGAAAUAUUGAAGUUUUAUAAUUUAUAAUAAUUUAAAAUUUGUAUCUAAUUUAAUCUGUUAUUAAAAACUAUGAAAAUAUUAUACUAUAAACGAUUAUCAUAAAAAAUUCAUUUCAUUAAUUUGUAACCUUUAUUUGUUUACACACGCUAGUUAAUUAUGCGUGUGGCAUGGUGUUAAAACCUGGCUAUUUAUAACUUCCUGCGACACUAUAUAACCAACCAAUUACGAAGCACGAUCUCUCGCAUCACAAAAUCUUAAAUAAUGGAACUAAAACUCAGAGGUUUGCCUGUAGGAUUCAGGUUUCGUCCAACAGAUUGUGAGAUUUCAAAAUAUUUAUUGACCAAAAAUGUUAUGGAAGAACAACCAAUGAAAGUUCGUAAUGUACGGUAUGUACCUGAAGAGUGUCAUGAUAUAUUCUCAAAACAUCCUCGUGACUUGCCUGGCUACCCAAGAGAAACAGAUUGGUACUUUUAUUGCAAAAAACUUAGUAGCCAAGUUACUACCAACUCUCAGAGUAUUUGGAAACAAAUCGGAGAUGAAACUGAUGUUUUAGAUCCAAAGAAUAAUGAUGCAUUAGUCGGUAUCAAACGUCCAUUUACUCUUGUUGAUCACGAAGAAGAGUCCGAUGAUAUUCUUUUGUCAGAUGAAGACGAACCUUCACAAUAUAAUUGGUUCAUGGAUGAAAUUAGCCUCCCAUUGACAGUUUCAGAGACUGAUUGGGUUUUGUGCCAUGUUUUCCGCAAAAUAAAACCUGAAUUUGAAUCCAAAGAAGAGGAAGAAGAAGAAGAAAGUGUUGUUGCAAAGAGUUUGGAUCUUCUUAGAGAGAACGAUGGAAAUGUUGUUCCUCCAUCUCAUUCUCCACCUUAGCUUCUUCUGAUGGCUUUAUCAAGGUGUUCUUUAAAAAGGGUGAGUUAGUUUAGCUAUAAUUAUACUAAUUUUGUAAUUAUGCUACGAAUAAAAAAAGAGAGCACAAUUUGUAAAGAUCAGUUUAUAAGAACCAGAUUGAAUGAAUAUUGCAUAUCAAUAAUAAUAGCUCUUGGAACCAGAGUAUUAGAUUCUCCAUACCUCACCGUAGUAAACUUUAUCAGCUAGUUGAUGCAUACCUAAAUUGCCUUUAGACCAGUUUUCAGUUUUGAGAGAAAAUUUAGAGAAGAAAAGUGGCUUUACCAAAACAUGUUUAUUAAGUAAUACUUAUCUUUUUUUUAAAAAUGUCAUUUUAAGUUUUUUUUUUGGUUUCAAAAAAGCAUUACAGAUUUCCAAUGCAACUUUACAUAUUAAAUUUAUUUUAACCUUUUAAAUAAUCAAUCGAUUUUUAUUUUAAUUAUUUUUAGUAGUUAAUUUACAUUAAAUAAAAACACAUUAGUAUUUUUACAAUUUUUUAAUCAACGUGAAAUAGAUCAAAUUGACAUUUCUUUACGAAAUAAAUGAACUAAUUUAUUACAUGCAUAUAAGAAAAACAUAAACUAAAGAAAAAACACACACACAUACACAUCGAAGCAAUAGCUAUCCUAUCAUAUUAAGUAGUAGCUAGAUCAACGGAACAAUUUUAUCCAAAAAAAAUCUUUCGUUGGUUGAAUCCCGGAAUUUGAAGGAGUGUCAUGAGAUGUUCCUAGUCAUAAUACCUCUUU